AGGAGGAGGAGGAGAGCGUGGGGUCCGACGAGGAGGAGGAAGGCGACGCGGAGGAGAAGCCAGACUCCGAGGAAGAGGAGGCGGUCAUGGAGGACGACGACGACGAUUCCGAUUAUCCCGAAGAGAUGGAGGACGAGGACGACGCCAGCUAUUGCACUGAGAGCAGCUUCAGGAGCCACAGCACCUACAGCAGUACCCCAGGUAGAAGGCGACAGAGAGUACAUCGACCACGUUCUCCAAUACUGGAAGAAAAAGACAUCCCUUUUCUUGACUUGCCCAAAUCCUCAGAGGACUUAAUGGUGCCUAAUGAGCAUAUAAUGAAUGUUAUUGCCAUCUAUGAGGUACUGCGGAACUUUGGCACUGUUUUACGCUUGUCUCCUUUUCGUUUUGAAGACUUCUGUGCUGCUCUCGUAAGCCAAGAACAGUGUACACUUAUGGCAGAGAUGCACAUAGUGCUUUUAAAAGCUGUUUUACGUGAAGAGGACACUUCAAAUACUACCUUUGGACCUGCUGACCUCAAAGAUAGCGUUAAUUCCACACUAUAUUUUAUAGAUGGGAUGACUUGGCCUGAGGUUUUGCGGGUAUACUGUGAGAGUGACAAGGAGUAUCAUCAUGUUCUUCCUUUUCAAGAGGCAGAGGACUACCCUUAUGGACCAGUUGAAAAUAAAAUUGAAGUUCUGCAAUUUUUAGUGGAUCAGUUUCUUACAACAAACAUUGCACGUGAGGAAUUAAUGUCAGAAGGUGUGAUACAAUAUGAUGACCAUUGUAGAGUUUGUCACAAACUGGGGGACUUGCUUUGCUGUGAAACUUGCUCAGCUGUCUACCACUUAGAGUGUGUGAAACCACCUCUUGAAGAGGUCCCAGAGGAUGAAUGGCAGUGUGAAGUUUGUGUAGCACAUAAGGUGCCUGGUGUAACAGACUGUAUUGCUGAAAUCCAAAAAAAUAAACCAUACAUUCGACAUGAACCUAUUGGAUAUGAUAGAAACAGGCGGAAAUACUGGUUCCUGAACAGGAGGAUUGUUAUAGAGGAAGAUUCAGAGUGUGAAAAGCAUAAGAGAAUCUGGUACUAUAGCACAAAAGUCCAGCUGGCAGAAUUAAUUGAAUGCCUAGACAAAGAUUACUGGGAAACUGAUAUCUGCAAAACUCUGGAAGAAAUGCGCGAAGAAAUUCAUCGGCAUAUGGAUAUAACAGAAGACCUUACUAAUAAAGCACGGGGUAGCAACAAAUCUUUUCUUGCUGCAGCAAAUGAAGAAAUUUUAGAAGCAAUCAGAGGCAAAAAGGGGGAGCUAUUAGAGGACAGAAGCUCAGUUGCUGAUGAAGAAAAGGCUACUGUUGAAAAUAAAGAGUGCACAGAUAUUGAGAAUGGAAAAGAAGAACUUUCAAACCAACAGGUGGAUGUCAACAAGGAAAUAUUGGCAGAGGAAAGUUCUGAAAAAGGGAGAAAGGAAGAACCAGCAGAUGCUUGUGAUAAAAACAACUCUGUGCUAUCACUUCCUGGAAGCAGCAUCACAGAUGUUUCUGCAGGAGAGGCUGAUGCUUCUGAAGGGAAGAACACAGUGGGAUGUGAUUCAGAAAUCCUUGGUGAUAAUGUGGCAGACAAAAAUUUGGCAUCAGAAGACCUUAAGGAUAUUUCAGAUGAAACAACUAAGACAAUUCAUAAUCUGAACAUUGAUUCAUCUGCUGAAGCACUUUUGUCUGAUCCAGAAAACAGCAGUAGCAAUGAACCAAAUUCUAUGCAGAGCGAAUCUGUGAAGAAUUCUGAUGAAGUGGAAACCAUUGAAGGAGGGUCUCAGAACUCAGAGGACCUAGGAGAUAAAUCUAAUGGUGAGAGAAGUGAAUCUCCAAGCAGUGGAAGAGGCACUCCAGGUUCAACACGAAUGGUCACUCGCUUACGAAAUCCAGAUAGCAAACUCAGCCAGCUAAAAAGUCAGCAGGUUGCUGCUGCAGCACAUGAAGCAAAUAAGCUUUUUAAAGAAGGCAAAGAGGUGCUUGUGGUUAAUUCCCAAGGGGAAAUUUCCCGAAUGAAUACCAAGAAGGAAAUAGUGAUGAAAGGAAGCAUCAGCAAUUAUUUCAAGCUGGGUCAAGAAGGGAAGUAUCGCAUCUACCAUAAUCAAUAUGCUACCAAUUCUUUUGCUCUGAAUAAACAUCAACACCGAGAAGACCAUGACAAAAGGCGUCACCUUUCUCACAAGUUUUGUCUGAGUCCUGCUGGAGAGUUCAAAUGGAAUGGUUCUGUCCAUGGGUCAAAGGUUCUCACAAUAUCCACUCUAAGGUUAACAAUAAUUCAGCUAGAGAAUAACAUCCCCUCCUCAUUCCUUCAUCCCAACUGGGCUUCACACAGAUCUAAUUGGAUCAAAGCUGUCCAGAUGUGCAGCAAACCUAGAGAAUUUGCAUUGGCUCUGGCUAUAUUGGAAUGUGCAAUUAAACCAGUUGUUAUGCUGCCCAUUUGGAGGGAGUCCUUGGGUCACACCAGGUUACGCAGAAUGACAGCUAUUGAAAGAGAAGAAAAAGAGAAGGUGAAAAAAAAGGAGAGAAAACAAGAGGAAGAAGAAACCAUGCAACAAGCAACCUGGGUGAAAUAUACAUUCCCCAUCAAACACCAGGUCUGGAAACAAAAAGGAGAAGAAUAUAGAGUAACAGGAUAUGGCGGAUGGAUAUGGAUUAGUAAAACGCAUGUUCAUAGAUUUGUGCCCAGAUUACCUGGAAAUACUAAUGUCAGUUAUAGAAAGUUGCUACUCGCAAAGAACAAUACUGCUGCUAUCACAGAAAAACAACAUGAAUUGGAUAAAAGGAAAAAUCCAUCAAAAGUAAAAGUAGAGCAUUAUUCUUUGAAAGAUAGAAUAAAGAACUUCCGUGAACCACAUAAAAAGGACCAAAAAGAAACUGAAAAUUCUGAGACCACAAAGAAAAGUCAAACCAAGGAAGAAAAUGAAUUAAAUGAAGAAAAAGCUGAAAUUGAUAGACAUUUUGAAAAAUCAGAUCAUGCAAAGGAAGAUGAAAAAGAAAUAUGUGAAAAUGAUAAAGACAUCAAGGAAGAACCUAUGGAAGUGGAUGAAAUGAAAAUGGAUGCUUCCACAAAAUAUGAAGAAACUCCAAUCAGUGCAGAUUUAAUAAAUGUUAGUGAAGGUUUUCACUUAAGGACAUGUUACAAAAGGAAAGUUAAAACAUCAAAAUUAGAUGGACUACUUGAAAGAAGAGUAAAACAGUUUACAUUAGAGGAAAAGCAGCGAUUGGAAAGAAUUAAGCUUAAAGCUAGUGCUAAUUCCUCAGAUUGUAAACCUCCAAGUCCACAAAGGAAUACAGAUGGCCUACUGUUAGCUAAGACAGAAGAUGGAAAACAGAUAGAUUUAACUUCACAAAAGAGAAUCCAUAUUUCAGGUACAAAUCAAUCUGAAGAUCCUGUUAAAGACAGUUUGUCACCUAACAAUCUUCACCUCAAUAAAACCAGUGAAUCAAUCCAAUCCUUGUCUUGCUUGAAUAGACUUUUAGAAGAAGAAUCAGAUCUCAUUUCAGAUCAGUGCUCAGAUACUCAAUGUUUGAUAGCAAUGAAUGCUCAUGAAAGUGUUUCUGAACCAGUGGAUAUAGAGAAAAAUAAAGUUUUGAGUAAAGAGAAUGAUAAUUCAACCAUGGAACAUUCUCAGGCAACAGACAAUAAAGAAUCAACUAAAUGCAGUGCAUUAGAGGACAAUGAAAAAAGUUCAGAGGAAACAAAGAUCACAGAGCCCAAGAGUGAACAUAAUAUACAGCCAGUGGGAAUUGAACACAGCUGUGAAAAAGACACUGCAUCUUUCAUUAAGAAAGAGAGUGAAACAUUAAAAACUGAAAAUCAGGGCUGUGAUUCUGUAGAAGCUUGUAAUUUAGAGGAUCAUCAUGCAGCAGUAUCUCUACAAGCAAAUAACAUAAAUAUGAGUCUACUGAAAAGCAAUGAAGAUGCAUCUGAACCAAAGAUUGUAUUAAAUCCCAAGCGAACCCUUGAAGGCCUAAAAUCAUUGCGUACUGAGCUUAUUUCAGAAAAAGCAUUUGAAGCCCAGAUUCCUGACGUGAUAGGAGAAAAUAUUCUUGAUGAAAUUACACACUCUAAAAUUACAGAAACAAAUGGUGAAAAGCUAGGUCAGGCGAAGUGUGAUCCUCCAACUUCCAUAAGCAAGUGCUUUGAUCAAAUUAAAAGCAUUGCUGAUAAAAAUAAUAAUAAAAAUGGAGAACAUGAUGUCCAGAUGGAAAGAGGAAAGUCAGCAGCAUUUCAGAUUAAUGGAAAAGAUGCUGAUUUCAAAGUAUUACCAAAUGAAGGAUGCUUAAAAGAAGUAAUUGAAGAAGCCGAGAGUAAUAUUGACUCUAAAAUCAAUAAUAUUAAUAAGAGCAAUCUGCUGGGUAAAUCAUUUCCCUCUAAUGAAUCUGUAAAACCAUUUAUGAAUGGAGAUAUUGCUGCAGAACAUGUGGAUGAGAGAAGAAAUUCAGACAAUGAGUGUUCUGUACAGAGUUCUGUGGGUCCAGACUGUGAUUCUCGAGAUGGUGUUUUACCUCAAGACAGGACAUCUCAGUCUGCUCAAGACACUGGAAGGAAGCAGUAUUCUUCUGAAAGGUCUAGUCCAGUUGAUGAUGCACCCAUCCCAGCCUUCCAUUCCUGUAAUGAGAACAGUAUAUGUAGUGAAACAGAAUGCAUGGAAAUUGAAUCAUCAUGUGUUAAGAAAGCUGCCCUCUCACCUGUAAUUUCAUGUGAAGAAUCUAGUUUGAGUAAUGACUUUGCUGAUCAGAAUGGACUGCAGACACAUAGAGUUAAAAACAUCAAUGGAGAAAAUGCAGUAAAAGCUGUUGUGACAGAAGUGACCACCACAUCUACUAUUUCUACAGAAUCAAAAACUAUUUAUAAAAUGUCAGAGCUAUCAGCAAUCAAGGAGGAUAAAGAAAGUGUGGUGUCAUCUACUGAAAACUGUUCCAUAUCCACUGUAACUACUACAACCACAACCACUGUAACAAAGCUUACCACUCCCAUAGCAGACAGCAGUACAGAUGUUAUUUCUGUAAAAGAGCAUAGUAAAACUGUGGUUACAACAACAGUGACUGAUUCUUUGACAACACCAGGUGGAACAUUGGUGACUUCUAUGACAGUCAGCAAGGAAUAUUCCACAAGGGACAAAGUGAAACUAAUGAAAUUUUCAAGACCUAAAAAGACUCGGUCUGGAACAGCAUUGCCGUCUUACAGAAAGUUUAUUACUAAAAGCAGUAAAAAGAGCAUAUUUGUUUUACCCAGUGAUGAUUUGAAGAAGCUGGCAAGAAAAGGAGGGAUUAGAGAAGUACCCUGUUUCAACUAUACCGCUAAGCCUGCUUUGGACAUCUGGCCAUAUCCAUCCCCAAGACCAACUUUUGGUAUCACUUGGAGGUACCGACUUCAGACUGUAAAAUCUUUGGCAGGGGUUAGCCUCAUGUUGAGGUUACUCUGGGCAUGCCUAAAGUGGGAUGACAUGGCUGCCAAACCCCCACCAGGAGGAGGAACUACACGCACAGAAACAUCAGAAAUGGAAAUUACGACGACAGAAAUAAUCAAACGGAGAGAUGUUGGACCAUAUGGGAUUCGAUCAGAGUACUGCAUACGGAAAAUUAUUUGCCCUAUUGGUGUUCCAGAGGCCCCAAAAGAAACUCCAACCCCUCAGAGGAAAGGCCUUAGAUCAAGUGCAUUGAGGCCUAAAAGGCCAGAAACACCAAAGCAAACAGGACCAGUCAUAAUUGAAACCUGGGUAGCGGAGGAGGAAUUGGAAUUAUGGGAGAUAAAAGCGUUUUCUGAAAGGGUGGAGAAGGAAAAGGCACAGGCAGUUGAACAACAGGCUAAGAAGCGACUGGAACAACAGAAGCAGGUGCCUGUUGUGUGUGGAGCCACUACAGCUACUACAACUAACAGUACUGUGACCACAGUUUCCACUCCUCAGAAAGUUGUAGUGGGCCCAUUACCACGCUCCAUGCCCAGCGGAGCCAAAGUAGUGCUUGCCACCAAGGUGGGAUCUCCAGCUACAGUAACAUUCCAGCAGAACAAGAAUUUCCAUCAGACUUUUGCUACCUGGGUUAAACAAGGCCAGCCUUCAACAGCCACAAGCACAGCUGCUACAUCAGCAACCACCAUUUCUAGCAGUGGUCAGACUUUCCAGAUUGCCAGCAGUCCAGUAACCAUGGCGGGCAAAGUGAUUACAAAGCUGCCUCUUCCUGCAAAUAGCAAAAUAGUUGCUGUUAAUGUUCCAGCUACUCAAGGAGGCGUAGUUCAGGUGCAACAAAAAGUGUUGGGCAUCAUUCCAUCAACAACUGGAGCAAACCAACAAACAUUUACUUCAUUCCAGCCAAGGACAGCAACUGUAACUAUUAGGCCAAAUAAUACAGGGACUGUAUGUACGACAAGUGCUUCACAAGUAAUGCCUGGAACACCUCUUCGGCCUGGAAUGACGGUCAUAAGAGCACCUCUUCAGCAGUCAGCUCUAGGAAAGACCAUCAUCCGAACACCUGUAGUAGUACAGCAGGGUGUUAUUCCAACCAGCCAAACACAACAAGUGGUCACACAGAUCAUCAGAGGUCAGCCUGUGUCAACAGCAGUGUCUAGUCCUACUACAGUUUCUACCAGUCAGAAGGUGGCAACAACUCCAGGAAUACCUUCACAGCACAUGCAGUCACAAGCCACUCCGCCACAUCCUCCUCGGCCUCAACAGGGACAGGUGAAGCUUACCAUGGCGCAGCUCACGCAGCUCACACAAGGACAGGGUGGCAGUCAGGGAUUAACUGUAGUAAUUCAGGGACAGGGUCAAACAACUGGACAGUUGCAGUUGAUUCCACAAGGUGUGACAGUAAUCCCAGGUCCAGGUCAGCAACUGAUGCAAGCCGCUAUGCCAAAUGGUACCAUUCAGCGCUUUCUUUUCACCCCAUUAUCAACAGCAGCUACAGCAGCUAGCACUACUUCCACAACAGUUUCCACCUCAACAUCAGCUGCAGGAGAACAGAGGCAAACGUCUCUUGCACAGACUCAAACACAGCCAACGCCAGCGCUUCCACCUGCUGAGCCCAAGCCUGCUCAGACUCCGCUCCCAGCUCAGCCCCCAAGUGGUCCGGCUCAGACUGUGAUGCCAGCCCAGACGCAGACUGCGCAGGCGCCAGUUCCAGCUGAACCCCUCCUGCCCCCAGAAGCUCAGGCUCCACCUUCGCUUCCAAGUCCAGCCGUUACCUCUGAAGCACAGCCACCAAGAACACCAUCAACUGUAACUCCAGCUGUGGCUCAGCCCCCACCCCAGAGCCCUGCACAAGGGCAGCCUGUACCUCCAGCACAGAACCAGUCCCAGCCAGUUGCGCAUCCGCAGACUCCACCCAAAGGACAGACGAUCCAGCCAACUCAGGUACAGACCGCAGCCCCACAACAGGUUCAGAUCCAACCACAUCCUUCAGUGCAGAUCCAGACCCAGCAGUCCCAGGUCCCAACGUCACUCCCAGCUUUGCCGCCUGCUCAGCCUGCCAACCAAGUCACUGUACCGUCUCCACGCCCUCAGCUGCAGAUUCAGCCCCCCCAGACCAAGGUCAUUACUGUGCCGCAGCUUCAGCAGCAAGUCCAAGUGUUUUCCCAGCUUCAGUCCCAUAUGGUGGCCCAGAUUCAAGCUCAGCAAAGUGGCCUGUCUCAGCAGAUUAAGCUCCAGUUACCAAUUCAGAUUCAGCAGGCCAGCUCGGUGCAAACACAUCAGAUCCAGAAUGUAGUAACUGUUCAAGCCAGUGUUCAAGAGCAACUGCAAAGGGUUCAGCAGCUCAGAGAGCAACAGCAGAAGAAAAAACAGCAGCAUAUUGAAAUAAAACGGGAACACUCCCUUCAGGCUUCUAAUCAGAGUGAUAUUAUCCAAAAACAGGUGGUAAUGAAACACAAUGCUGUGAUAGAGCACUUAAAACAGAAAAAGACAUUAACUCCUGCUGAGCGUGAAGAGAAUCAACGAAUGAUAGUGUGCAACCAAGUCAUGAAAUAUAUUCUGGAUAAGAUAGAUAAAGAAGAAAAGCAGGCGGCUAAGAAACGAAAGCGGGAAGAGAGUGUGGAACAAAAGCGCAGUAAACAGAAUGCUUCAAAACUCUCUGCUCUACUCUUCAAACAUAAGGAGCAACUAAAAUCUGAAAUACUGAAGAAAAGAGCACUUUUGGACAAAGAUCUGCAAAUUGAAGUGCAGGAAGAACUAAAGAAAGAUCUGACUAAGAUUAAGAGAGAAAAAGAAAAGGCACAGGCUGCUGCAGCAGCUGCUGCAGCGGCUGCAGUCCUGCCUCCACCACCGCCUCCACCUCCUCCACCGCCACCACCACCACCACCACCACCUCCACCACCACACACUUCCGGUUCCAGCGUUCCUUCAACAGCUUCAGGCACAUCGUCUAUUUCAUCCCACAAAAGAAAGCGAGAGGAAGAGAAGGAGUCUGCAUCUUCAAAAUCCAAGAAAAAGAAAAUGAUUUCUACUACCUCAAAGGAAACCAAGAAGGAUACAAAGCUUUACUGCAUCUGCAAGACGCCUUACGAUGAAUCCAAGUUCUAUAUUGGCUGUGAUCUUUGUACUAACUGGUAUCAUGGAGAAUGUGUUGGCAUCACAGAAAAGGAGGCUAAGAAAAUGGAUGUGUACAUCUGUAAUGAGUGUAAACGGGCACAAGAGGGCAGCAGUGAGGAAUUGUACUGUAUCUGCAGAACACCUUAUGAUGAGUCACAAUUUUACAUUGGCUGUGACCGAUGUCAGAAUUGGUAUCACGGGCGCUGCGUUGGUAUUUUGCAAAGUGAGGCAGAUCUCAUUGAUGAGUAUGUCUGUCCGCAGUGUCAGUCAACUGAAGAUGCCAUGACAGUUCUCAGUCCUUUGACUGACAAAGAUUAUGAAGGGCUAAAGAGAGUGCUACGUUCAUUGCAGGCUCACAAGAUGGCUUGGCCAUUCUUAGAACCAGUAGAUCCCAAUGAUGCUCCAGAUUAUUAUGGUGUUAUCAAAGAACCUAUGGAUCUUUCCACCAUGGAGGAAAGAAUACUGAAGCGUUACUACAAAAAGGUGACAGAAUUUGUGGCCGACAUGACCAAAAUAUUUGAUAAUUGUCGUUAUUACAAUCCAAGUGACUCUCCUUUUUAUCAGUGUGCAGAGGUUCUUGAGUCAUUCUUUGUACAGAAACUAAAAGGAUUCAAAGCAAGCAGGUCUCAUAACAACAAACUGCAGUCUACAGCUUCUUAAAGUUCUACGUGUUACCAUACCACAAACCACAAGAAUCUGGUUGCCUGAAUUUUUUUAAUUGGGGAGCCAGAGGUUUUUAGUCAGGGUGUCCUGACAAGUCUUGAUGUAAACUGUGUUUUUAUCAGUCACAUCAGAUUUAUAUUCUUGGCUAAUUUUGUCCAAAGGACAAAAGAAUGAAAAUCAGCAGCAUCGUUUUCUUGUCAAGAUCAAAUUGUGCUGUUGUGGCAGAAACAGGAAAACAUUUUGCUGAAGGACAGGAAAAAAAACACGCAAGAGAAAACAAGAUACAGUAAAAUGGGGUCAAAUUCUAACUCCAUGGAAAUGCCACAUCUGUUCUUCAGUGAAGAAGCUGGUUUAUAAAUUCCACACAGAGAACUUUUGACUGUAUUUAUUUAUUGUUGCAAAAGGACGCUUUUUUAUUGCUGCCCUCAUUUGUCAGCUGAUUAUUUUUUCCCCUUACAAAUCCAGCCCUGGUUGUAUGUAACCCAUUCUGUAUCUUACCAUGAUUCCUGUAGGUAAAAGUACAAGAUGACCUCUAGAUGUCUUUUCUUUCUAUGAAAGGAGCUGCUAUGUACACAUGUGCACAAACAAACUGGGAAUCAACAUUGAGUUUAUCGUUCGCGGUAGAGGAAAACAAUUAAGCUUGCAUAAAAGUUGGGCAAAGUGGUCGUGGACUACAGACUUUGUUGCCUUGAAUAUAACAGUACAGUAUCAUUUACUCUGCAACGGACUGAUCUGAGUAAAAUCUAUUUGAAGGUAUCUUGUUUGUAAACAUUUGUCAGAUUCUAACUUUUUUUUCUUUUUGUAUUAAAAAUUCAAAACAUGGAUGUAUAUGAAACAAAUAAAUGGAGAUCAUUGUUCUCUCCACAUAUGUAGGUGUCUUUUGAAUGUUCACUAACAUGUUUGUGAGGUUUGUUCUUAUGUGUAAGAUCCUAAAGUACAGAAGGGAAAUGUGGGAAAGGGAAAGGGAAAGGAUGGACAACCUCCCCCCAAAGUGUGAUUCUAUUUGUUUUUAAUCAGCUAUAAUAAAAAUUCUUCUGUGGUGCCACACGUUUGCAUUGAUGAUAAAGCAGUUGCGUGAGAAUUAUCCUUGCCAUUGCUAACUGAGAUGGUGACGAGUAAGUGGCUGUGUAAGGUUAAAUAACCGUCUCAGAAGUGCGUUUUGGUGGCUUUUCUACUUGGACAUACAGUACAAAAAUGGAAAGCCAAGAAGGACGAGAGGGGUGUUAAAUGUUUAGCUGUAAUUGCUCCCCACAGGUGACGUAUGCUACUGACAGUUUUGUAUGUGCACCAUAUCCAGCAGCAGUUGGCUUCUGACUAUUACACCUAUUUUAACUAGAUUUUGCACUAAUUCAUAAUUUUUGCCCUUCAAUGAUCUGGAAUUUAUCUGAUUAUGGAUAAGCUUCCCUUGGGUUUAACCUCACCCUGCUAUGCAAAAAUCUUUUCUGUUACUUUAUUAGACAUUGCUGUCGAUCACACUUUUCUUAUAAGUACAGGCUCAGGUGUACAGAUAAUAUAAGGUUAAUUUUCUCUAAGAAAGCUUCUGCUUUUGUAUAUAGAUGCUGUCAUUUAAUCAAUAUGAAUUCAAGAGGAAGUUAAUGUUCGUUGUGAGACCAUCCAUUUAUGUUUCUUAGACAGUAGGAAGAAGAGUAUUUGUGUGUUAGGGUAUAUUGUCUUAGGACUUUUUCAAAGAGAUGCUACAUAUUGUAUGCAUUAUGUUUAUACAAGAAGGACUUUUUCAAAUUUAAUCCUACAAAUACUGUCUCUUCAUCGUAUUUCUUUAUUACUCAUACUUAUGGCUGACCUUGAAAAACCAUGAUGAGAACUUUCCUACUUAUAGGCAAUAGAUCAUUGUUUUUAACAGAUUGUGACAAACUGAAGAAUAACUCUUUUUGUACAUAAUAGGACAUUUCAUCUUAGACAAAUAAAAUAAUGUUGUUGGACCUCAGAUUUGGUGGAGUUCCUAAUGAAACAUCAUUUGUUUAGAAUAAAAUAUGUAGCGCUUGGCAUUGCCAUACUGUGCAGAAAUUCUUUGAAGUUUUUCAUAUUAAUUAUGAAUGAGGAAAAUGCUACUUUCAUACACUUUUUACCAAGCCGCAUCAUUUUUCCUACUGCUUUGUAAUAUAUGAAGACAAUUCUUAGCUGUAUCAACUAUGGUAAUUUUUAGUUUUUUGAAAAACUUUAUUUAUGAGCCAGUGUAAUGUGUGUACAUUUUAAAUACCACUUCUGUAAAAGGAAUAAAGAAAAUUAUACUUUACUCAGUUUUUAAA